AUGAACGCACAUGCGCUUCUUUCCGCCCAAGGCUGGCGUGGAACAGGCCAUUCUCUACACAAGACAGACGACUCAAUUGGCCUUGCAAAGCCUCUGCUUCUGAAUCGCAAGACCAAUACCAAGGGCCUUGGAAAUACAAAACACUUUACGAGCGAUCUAUGGUGGAUGGACGCCUUUGACGAGCAGCUCAAAGGCCUCGACACGUCCAAAGAAGGCAAAGUCGAGCAGACAGUAAAAACAGGGAAACUCAAUGCGCUCGACCCAGGACGCGUAUCAAAAUACUCCAUCUACGCCUCGUUCGUUCGAGGAGGGUUUCUUCAGGGAACUAUUGGUACAGAAACAACGGACGACUCGACUAGCUCGGAGUCCGAUAAGAACGACGAGAAGAAUACCAAGUCCGCUGGGGCAAAGCCUACAAUACCUAAAAAAGAAACCAAGGAGGAGAAAAGGGCUCGGAAAGAGGAGAAGAGGAAACGAAAAGAGGCACGAGCUCUACGAAGAGCAGCAAAACUCGAAAGGAGGUUGAAAAGAGCCGAGGCGAAGAAGGAUACGUCUGACUCUAGCAGUAGUGUGGCAGAGGACAAGGCGCUUAGGCGUGCUCAAAAGGAGGAAAAGCGCAGG